AUGAGCUCCUCUCCGGUCGUGAAAGGACUAACUGACGAGGAGCACAAAACUCUCGAACCGGUUAUCAAAACUUACCACCAGUUCGAACCAGACCCAACCACUUGCACCUCUCUCAUAACGCAACGCAUCGACGCCCCCGCAUCCGUCGUUUGGCCUCUCAUCCGCAGCUUCGACAAUCCAGAACGCUACAAACACUUCAUCAAAAGCAGCCGCCUCGUCUCCGGAGAUGGCGGCGUCGGAAGCGUCCGGGAAGUGACUGUAAUCUCUGGCCUUCCAGCCUCCACCAGCACUGAGCGGCUUGAGUUCCUCGACGACGACCACCGUGUUCUGAGCUUCAGGGUCGUCGGCGGAGAGCACCGGCUUAACAAUUACAAAUCGGUGACUUCUGUCAACGAGUUCAUGAAUCAAGAUUCCGGUAAGGUCUACACGGUUGUUCUUGAAUCAUACACCGUUGAUAUUCCCGAGGGGAAUACGGUAGAAGACACCAAAAUGUUUGUGGACACUGUCGUUAAACUCAAUCUUCAGAAACUCGGAGUUGUCGCCACUAUGCAUGAAUGA